GGUGUUCCCUGAUUGGCGUACUUGCUAUAGUUGGUGGAUACGCGGGCGUAGUGCGACUGCGCAGUUGAUGUCUGGCGGUGUGAGCGCGCGCGUCCCGACCACCGACCGACCGCAGAAUAUAUUGUUCCAAAUUCAAAUUGUAAACACGUGCUGCAGCUAUGCCGAGUCCAGACUACAGCGUGGAGCUGGACCUCGGGGAGCCGCCGCCGGAGCUGCUGCAGUACGCACGAGAGCACUGCGGGGAGCUGCCCGACACGCGCCUGCAGGCCGUCGAGGACCUCCGGACUAUCAUCUAUGAGCGCGGCGAGUGCAGCCCGCACCGCACGGAUGACGAGUUUUUGGUGAAAUUCCUGCGCGCGCGCAACUUCAUACCUGCCCGCGCGCACAGACUGUUGGUAAACUACUACCGGUUCAAAGAGGAGAACUCGAAAUUGUUCAAGAAUGUGUUUCCGUUCGACCUGCGCGAGAUCGGCGACCGGCAGAUCAUGUCCGUGCCGCCCUACCGCGACCAGGACGGACGCAGGCUGCUGCUGUACAGAAUAGGCUGCUGGAGCCCCAAGAAGAUCCCGAUCGACGACCUCUUCCGCGGCACCAUCAUGGCUCUAGAGCUGGGGCUGCUGGAGCCGCGCAGCCAGAUCCUGGGCGGCGUGGCGCUGUUCGACCUCGAGGGCAUCGGCACCAAGCACGCCUGGGAGAUCACGCCGGGCGUCGCCUCCAGGAUCAUCAAGCUGCUUGUGUCAAGCUUCCCGGCCAACACGCACGCGAUCCACAUCAUCAACCACUCCUGGGUGUUCGACAAGAUGUACAGCAUCUUCAAGCCGCUGCUCAACUCGCAGAUGAAGUCUAGAAUAUUCUUCCACGGCCACGACUGCCAGUCGCUGCACAAGCACAUCCUGCCCGCUCACCUCCCCGAGAGGUACGGGGGCAUCCACCCCGAUUACUCCUACACAAUCUGGCUGGACUCCCUGAAGAAGAACUACAGGGUUGUCAGCGAGCUGAUUGACUGCGGGUACAAGUUCCGGGAAGACGAGGUCGCUCCCGAAGUGGUUAGGCGGUUGAAGGAGGAAGGGUUUAAGCUGUCUUGAUGCGAGGAUGUUUGUCGCUGGUGCUAGCGGAAGCGGAGGCAUAGGGUCAGCUAUUGAAUGUUGACUGUACAUAAAAAUAUGUGACGUUAUCAAAUCUGAUUUGAUAAUGAGUAGACGUGUCUUAAACAUUACCUGUGUCUUAAACAGUUUCGUUAAUAUGUUUAAAAAAAACAUGUCUAUAUUUUAUGGACAUGCAUGAGUUUUUUAUGUUUAAUGUAUGGUGGUAAGUUAAUUUAUAAUACGUUGUUGUAUCCAGUAGAUUUAAUUCAACACAUAUAAUAAGUUGGGAUUAGGACUUACUUAGGCAUAUUCCGUUUGCGAAAUCGUCAAAAGUCUGUGAUAAAAAUGCUUUGAGUUUAAUGCAAUCUAGAAAAUAGCAUUAAUUUUUUUGCUUUGUAUAAAUUAGUACAAAUUCGUAAUUAGGUACGACGCUUCAUCAUCACGAAUAGAAAUAGUAUCUUAAUCAAAUAUACGUUAUGUAAUACUAUUUUUACUUAUACAAUUUCCAGUUGUAACCAUGUUGUAACUAAUGAAAUUAUACAAAUAGCUUUGAUAUUUUUUGUACUUAUGAGUGGAAUGAAGGAGUCAAGAUCAUCGAUAUUACAAUAAUAAUAAAGUUAAUAAAGUUUA